AUGCACGAUCUUGCGGAACGUGUAUCAAAUGCAAUCAACACACGCUCACUCUUCUUAAAAGAGCAAGUUUUUGAUAGCAGCUUGCAUAGCUAUAGAUCUUUACGCGUCUUGAAUUUAUACAAGGCAGACAUUGGCAACUUGCCAGUUUCAAUUGGAAAGUUGAGACACUUGAGGUUGACUAAUCUCCGAUCAGUACCUUUCGUAAGGGUGGGUGAGCCCGGUGAGGGGGAGACUGGUUCUGAGAUUAAGGAGUUAGGUGGUCUAAAGCAAUUGCGGGGAACCUUGACCAUUCGUAGUCUGGAACAUGUGAGAGAUGGAGAAGAAGCAAAGACAGCAAACCUGGCUGAGAAGAAUAAUAUACUCAAGUCAACUCUUGAGUGGAAGCUCAGUAGGCGAAGUAGCGAUAGCUUUGAGAAUGAAGAAGGGGUUCUUGAAGGGUUGCGACCGCAUUCUAAUCUAGAAGUUUUGGAGAUUAAGGGAUUCAUGGGUGCUAAGUUUCCAUCAUGGUUAUCGCUUUCAGACAACUUGAAAGAGAUUGAACUACUGGGGUGCAACAAAUGUGAAAGAGUCCCUGCACUUGGCCAUCUGCCCAAUCUCAAACAUGUUAAGAAUCUUAAGAUCAAGACCAUGCAGAACCUAAGGUGUUUGGGGUCUGAAUUUUAUGGUUACGAUUACGUAUCCAAUGUGGCUACAACAAGUGAGAAGACAGUGGUUCUGUUCCCAGCAUUGAAGACAUUGCAUAUUGAGGAGGCUGAAAGUCUAGUAGAAUGGGUGGAAGCAGAAGUAUUGCCUGGACAAAAAUUAAGGGUGUUCCCUUGCCUUGAGGAGUUGACUUUGGAGGAGUGUAAACAGUUGAGAAGUGCUCCCAGCCAUUUUCCAUCUCUCAAAAAGCUGGCAAUAAGAUUCAUGGAAAGCGGCAUGCCAGUAGCGAGUAUAGUAAGCGAUGAACUCACCACUCUCACUCAUCUUGAUAUAUGGUCCGUCGAGAGACUUGCUUGUCUGCAGGAUGACAUGUUGGAAAACAACAAGAAUCUUGACAAUCUGAAGAUAAGUUGGUGUCCGGAGCUAACUUGUAUUGCUCUCCAUGGGGUUCAGUACUGCUGCGAGUCUCUUCGGUCGCUGAAUAUUCGGUGUCGUUUCAAUCUGAGGCAUCUCCCUGAUGGACUACGACCUCUCUCUCUUGAGGACUUGAACAUUUCAUUUUGCUUCAGUCUAGAGUCCAUCCCUGUUCUACACAGUGGCCUUCCAUGUCUCGGUGAAUUGCGUAUCCAGAACUGUGAUCGGUUAUCCAUUCUGCCUAUGGGGAUAAAGUUCUGUACACGUCUUGAGAAUUUGACUAUAGCAGGGUGUCACAAGAUAACAUCUAUUCCCGUUGACAGCUUCACAUCUCUCCGCAGUUUGUGGGCAUAUUGA